AUGGCGUCAAAAGGUGGACGAAAGGGUAAAGGCCCCGAGCUCGUGUUCGACGACAAGGCACGCGCCGAGUACCUGACCGGAUUCCGAAAACGUAAGCAGGAACGAAAGCAGGCUGGUCGAGACUACCUCGCAAAGAAGGCCAAAGAGGAGCAGCUCGUUGCGCGCAAAGAGCUUCGCGAUGCUCGCAAGGAAAAGGCAGCAGAAAACGUUCGAGAGCAGAGAAAGGCGUUCGGUCUCGAAGCCGAGGGCGAGUCCGAUCUCGACGCAGCUGCCGAUUCGGACGACGACCAACAGCUCGAUGGCGAGGAUGCCGUCCCGCAGAUCCAAGAGGAAGAGUACGACUCGGACGAGCAUCAUACCCACGUCGUCGUCGAGUCGUUCGAUCCGGAGCAGGAGGCGUUCGAAAAGGCCACCGCCGUUGCAUCGUCGUCGGCACCCAGGAAACCAAAACCAAAUGGUGCGUCUCCCACUGCACCUUCCAGUGUAGAGGCUCUUCCACCUUCCUCCCGCCGCGUCAACAAAGCUAAGGCCAAUGCGAGUCUCUCUCCCAACCCUCCUCUCUCGCAUCCUGGCGAUACCGCGAUCAACCUGCUGACACCAUCUUCACCUCCCUCCGCUCCUCCUAUUCCAUCUACAACAGGCCAAGCAGAAGAAACGAGUGAUCCACACAAGGAAGAAAAUGUCUCGCACAAAAGACUCCACAUCUCGGGGCUCACAGCCUCGUUCUCGAAAGAGGACCUAGAGCGUCGUUUCUCGACUUUCGGUACCGUCGUCGCCCUCGACGGUCUCGGCAAACGCGAUGCGCUGGGGCAGUUCCGACCGUACGCAUACUUGACCCUGCAAGCACCACCACAGCAGAUACAGCGCUGCAUGAACCUCCUGUCCGGAUCUGUGUGGAAGGGCGCAACGCUCCGCAUUGGUGAAGCCAAACCCGACUUUCAACAACGCAUCCAGCUCGAAAACGACAAGCGCAAACGACAAGAAGAGGAGGAAGUCAACAAGCCAAAGAAGCCCAAACGUCUGCCACCAGGUAUGGCCUUCGAAAGCCCGCACAUGGAUCUAGUCGACCAAGAUCUCGUCGAGAACGGCUUGGCCUGGGGAUGGAGACGUACACCUGCAGGUCACCUUGUUCGUCCAUUGCGCAUGCGACCCACCCAUCCACUACCAAAACCAUCUCGUGCUUCCACUUUGACACGAGCAAAUCAGAUCGAGAACGAAAAGGACGAGGAGGGAGACCAACCCGGUUCCUCCGGCAGACGCGCACGCGUCAACCCUCGUCCCCCUACCAAAGCACAUCGGAUCACCAUCGAUCCCACUCGCUAUGGCGCAGUCCAUCUGUCUGGCUCACUGCUCGAGUCGCUUGCCGCAGAGACGGGAUCGUCCACCGACGCCUUUGAUGCUUCAUCGCUCGGGCCAGGUGAAUGGCGCUGUGAGGAGAUCGACGAUGGUGAUGAUGCUCUCGCAAGCGACGAGAAGGAUCACCGUCUCGUGCGCUGGCAGUACAUCGCAAAGGACGGCAAGGUGUUGCACGAGGAGUUUACCAAGAUUCCAGUCCGCGUUGUGUCGAGAAAGUCGACUGUUCCGGAUGCGCUCGACGAUGGUGUCACAGACGACGUCAUGGCACACCUCGACUUUGACCAAUUCUCAAACGCAGGCAGCGACGACGAUCUCUUUUCCGGCUUCACCUCGUCCAUCGUCCCGACUCAAAAGCAAUCCGAGCCGCGAGAACACGCUCGAUCCUCUGCAAGCAAUGCCAACACCGUGGUCGACUCGACAGACAUCGACGACCUCUUCUCUUCUUUCCCAGCCUCUGGUACCGCAAACACCAACGUCGACGAUCUGUUCUCGGAUUUCCCUUCCAUCCCCACAUCGGCACCUGAAGCAAACCGCACAAAGGUGGACAAGGUCGUCGUUGCCACGCCCACAUCAAUCAAGAAGACCAAAGGGUCGUUCGUACCCGGCCUGGAUCCAGAAGAGGAUGAUCCUGCCAACUUCUCGGACGGCUACGACGAGGUUGCAGCAGCAGGUCCCGUGCCGGCCAUCAAGCAGGCAGGGGAUGCGGAAGAGGAGCGCAAAAAGACGCUUGCGCUGUUGGGCGAGAUGUUUGGGUCCGGAUCAGACGACGAAGCAUCGACUGAGAAUGUGGUAGAGGAUAAAGAGGUGCCACUGGAGGACAAAGUCGAGUUGGAGGUCACCUCCGACUCUGAGACAGAGUCUAGCUCAGAUUCGAACAACGAACCCGAGGUUGAUAAGGAACUCUCCUCGUCUGAGUCGAGUUCCAGCUCAACCAGCGAGGCGGAUGACGAGGAAAUGCCUGUCGAACAAGAAGAAGAAGAAGUGCCCGAAGCAGUCCAGGUGGUGGGUGAGGCAGCAGAAGAGCAAGACGUGCCUAUGGCCGAUGAGCCCGAAGCGGUCGUCGAAGCAGCAGCUGUAGCCGCCGCUCCUCUGGAUGCCAAAUCUCGCCGAGCAGCGUUCCUCUCUUCACUUUCCGAGUCAAGCCCGCAGACGGGCAGCUUCGUUCCCAUCGCUCGUUUCGACCCUGGCACGCGCCUCGCUGCAGCUGCCGUCGACAUCGAUGCUUCCGCAGCUGAGGCUUCGCAACCCGCGCCGACCGCAGCAGCUGUCCCCGAGCAAACGCCAACCACUGUGCAAGCAAGCAAGGACGGCGAUGCCGGGACCAAAGUCUCGAUGUCGACGUUGAAGGAGAUGUUCAGGCCGCAAGAUCGACCUUCGACAUCUGCCGUCACUGCCGGCUUCAGCUUGGGUCUGGGUGCUGAUGGCACCUCGGGCGACACUGGCGGCGGGUUCUCGCUGAUGGAUUCUCUCGGUCUAGAGUUUGAACUCGAAGAGGAGCAAGAUGAACCAGAACCACAGGUCGAUUCCUUCCCCGGAGCUUCUCCCUGGUCUCAUACUGGCUCCUCGCGAUUCCCACCCGCACCUACUACUGUGACGGCCGAGCAGCAAGAGCAACCCAAGCGACUCGGGCCCUUCUUCCCUUCUUCCUCCAACAGCGCCUCGUGGAACGGCGCAGAUAGCCAAGGAUCCGUCCAGCGCUGGCUCAAGCCCAGAUCGCAAGAGGAGAGAGAAGCUGACUGGGCCAAGUACAAGGAGUCCCUGACGCAGGUGAUCAAGAAGCGCCACAGAGAGGCCGCGAGGAAGCACAAGCGCAACUUCAAGAGCAUGUCGCAGCCGCAGCAGAAUACGACGGGUGUUGCAGCCGCAAGCACGGGUAGAGGUUGA